UAGUAAAAACAUGUUUUUCCCUUUGUUACAGUGUAAGGCAUGGAAAUCGGUCAAAUACGAGGUUCAGAAAUUUGUCUCCGCCAUCGCCAUGGACAUGGAAAUCUUCGGAGAAGUUUUGGUAUUUCAAUGUCAACAACGCCAACGUUGUCAACAAAAUCUGAAAACCGAAUGUUUAUUUUAGGAAUGGGAUUCGUGGGUCAAACCCUUGCACGCAAGCUCCAAAACCAAGGAUGGGUUGUAUCUGGGACUUGCACAACACAUGUAAAGAAGAAGAAGCUUGAGGAUAUGGGGUUUCAUGUUCACCUUUUUGAUGCAAACUACCCUGAUCUGAGUAUCCUACAACUACUGAGAAAUUAUACUCACUUUCUUGUUUCCGUCCCUCCUGUUGUGGGCAUUGGUGACCCGAUGCUUCAGCAUGAAGAACUUAUAAGAAGCUAUUUAGUCAAUGGGGAUCUUCGGUGGCUUUGUUACUUGUCUUCAACUAGUGUCUAUGGAGAUUGUGAUGGUGAAUUGGUAGAUGAGGAUUAUCCUACAAUUCCAGAAAAUGAGUUGGCUAAAUUAAGGUUAACUUCUGAACAAGGCUGGUCAAGUUUGGCUCACCAUCUCAGGUUCUCGCCACUAAUAUUUCGUCUGGGAGGCAUCUAUGGCCCUGGUAGAAGUGCCGUCGAUACAAUAAUCAAGCAGAAGCCAUUGUCAGAAGGUCAAAAGAGGAGAAAACACCAAAAAUAUACGUCCAGAGUUCAUGUUGAGGAUAUCUGUCAGGCACUUAUGGCUACUAUUUACGCAACUUCUUCCUCCAGGGUAGUUUAUAAUAUUGUUGAUGAUGAUCCAGCUCCAAGGGAAGAAGUAUUUGAAUAUGCAAGAAAGUUGGUGGAGAAAAAGUGGCCAGACUUCAACUUACAACCUUUGGAACAGAAAGAGUGGUUACUUGUAAAAACAAGGAAUGGAAGGGGCGAAAAGCGAGUGUCGAAUGCUCGGAUAAAGAAUGAACUUGGGGUGGAACUACUUUAUCCUGAUUACAGAUCUGGCUUGCAGAGUAUAAUUGAUCAACAGAUUGAGAGCCCUUUUGAUUCAUAUCAUAUUGGUCAAAUGCCAUUGUAAUAAUAAUAUGAAAUGUUGAAUAUGAACUUCAAUCUUAAAGAUGUAAUAGGACACUAUAAUAGUUCAUUGACUCAUCACAAACAUGUUUUCAUGCAAUAAACAUGAGCCACACUUUUGUUAACCAAAA